AUCAACUGGAAGACUCGUCAAGAUUAACAUUACCUUUGGAGCUGGGAAUUUGUGGUGCAACUGUUGGGAUUUUAUAUUCUUUCGCUAUAUACAUUUGUGUUACAACAGUGAUCAGUCUUCUAGUUAAUUGCAUUUGCAUUUUCGAAACCAGUCUGAAGAUUUCCGAAACGAUGUCUUCUGACGAAGACAGAGCCAAGGAGAUUCUGAAAGGUUUUAAAUUAAAUUGGAUGAACUUGAGGGAUGCAGAGACGGGAAAGGUGCUGUGGCAGGGGACUGACGACCUGUCAGUGCCAGGAGUGGAGCAUGAAGCUCGUGUCCCUAAGAAGAUCCUGAAAUGUAAAGCUGUGUCCAGAGAGCUCAACUUCUCAUCCUCAGAAAAGCUGGAGAAGUUUCGUCUGGAACAGAAAGUUUUCUUCAAGGGCCAGUGUCUGGAAGAGUGGUUCUUUGAGUUCGGCUUUGUGAUCCCCAACUCCACAAACACAUGGCAGUCUUUAAUAGAGGCUGCGCCAGAGUCGCAGAUGAUGCCGGCCAACGUCUUAACCGGGAACGUUAUUAUAGAGACCAAGUUCUUCGACGACGAGCUGCACGUCAGCACCUCACGAGUACGGCUGUUCUACGUCUGAGGCCCCCCCCCCCACACACACACACACACACCGGUGAGAACCGCCGGAGGUGGAGCUGAGUAGCUGCAAGACUGAUGCCACUGAGGUCCCCAAACGAACGUUUGUGUUUUCCUGGUCCUGUGCCUGCCCAGACACCAGGGGGCAGCACCACACUCCACACAACCCCAGCAGCCUCCAGCCACCUAAAGACUUGUUGUAAAAAUGAGCACGGUCGCUCAUGGCAACCUGACCAUGUAAAUGAUUUUAUAUGUACGUCGCUGGCCCCACCCAUCUCCCUCCUACCUGACAGCUCUCCCCACACCUCUGCCCCAGUCUGUCUGAAAUGUUUGCUUCCUGUUGGUGUGGUUGCUCAUGUCAUCAUUGUAUUAUUUUGUUGAUUUGUUUCAUUGUUUUUUUUUUAGCUAAACUGUAAAAUAGGCGGUUUUAAAUACUAAAUGUUAUUAUGAAUUAAAAAUUCAUGUACAUUU